UUUAUGAACUUGCGGCAACGUGAGUGUCUUAAUUACAACAGCACUUACUGAGAAUCAAUAUUUCCUUGUCUGGGAAGCAAUGAAGACAGAUAAACUAAGCUUGGAUGCUUGAAAGAAUAGUCUUGCAAUUCUUUCUUUUAAUAGAUAUGGCGUGAUAAAUCAAGCACGUAUUUUGCAUUCCUUCUUUUAAUCACUGUGAUCAAAACUGUUUAGCAACUUGAAGAUUAAAUGGAGGAAAUGCAAUUGCUGAUUGAUGUUACAGAGGAACUUCAGAAUAAGGCGGAUGCUUCGAUGCAGAAUAUCCUAUGGAACAAAAGAUCAAUCUACAAGGUACCUGCAUCUGUCACAGCCCUGAACAGAGCAGCCUACAGGCCCCAAACAGUGUCCAUUGGGCCUUACCAUUCCUACGACGAUCAGCUAAAGCCAAUGGAGGAGCACAAACACCGAGCUCUUUAUUAUUUUCUAAAGAGAUCAGGAAAAUCUCUAGAGCUAUUUCUCCUAUCUUUAAAUGAAGUGGUGCAGGAUUUAAAGGAUUCGUACGAUCAGCUUGAUAAAUCAUGGAAUGAUGAUACGGGCAAAUUUCUGCAACUGAUGGUUCUUGAUGGCUGUUUCAUGCUGGAAAUUAUGCGCCUUGCUAUUCAACCAUCGAAUGACUAUGCUGCUGAUGAUCCAGUUUUUAGCAUUCAUGGGAGGGUCUAUGUGGCGCCAUUUAUCAGGCGUGAUAUGUUGAUUGUUGAAAAUCAGUUACCAAUGCUUGUUCUAUACAAGCUGGUUGCUACUGAAAGCGAUGGGGAAAAGAAUGAAGAGUUCGUCAACAAGCUCCUACUCACCUUUUGUCACCCCAACGCGAGUGUCUCAAAGUGGGGUAAAUGCUUGCAUGUAUUGGAUUUAUACAGGAAGAGCUUACUUCGGGAAGACGCCAACAGGAAAAGGCGUCACCGCAGAGUAUGGGGUGGACUGCAUAAAGAUGUCGAUGAUAUUGUCCGAUCUGCAACAAAGAUCAAUGAAACUGGAAUCCAGUUCAAGAAAAGUAAAACUAGAAGCCUGAAAGAAAUUUCCUUCCACCAUGGGGUCCUUGAGCUCCCUGUCAUCGUGGUGGAUGAUGUAACUGAGACGCUAUUUUUGAAUUUGAUGGCCUUUGAGCGCUUCCAUGUCGGUGCAGGAAACGAGGUCACAUCUUAUGUCUUCUUCAUGGACAACAUCAUCGACAAUGAGAGGGAUGUUGCUCUCCUGCACUCAAGAGGGAUCAUCCAGAACGCUAUUGGAAGUGACAAAGCUGUUGCUAAACUGUUCAACUCUCUUUCCAAGGACAUUGCAUUGGACCCGGACAGCAGCCUAGAAUUGGUGAACAGGCAGGUCAAUGCCUACUGCAAGGAGCCUUGGAAUGCCUGGCGCGCCAAUCUUAUCCAAACGUAUUUCAGAAAUCCAUGGGCCAUUCUAUCUCUUGUUGCUGCACUCAUCCUUUUUGCGCUCACAAUUGCGCAGACGGUAUAUAGUCUAAUAGAAUUUUAUGAAGAAGGAUCUCCAUCACCCACUCCUAUGGUUUCGUCACCACCCCCUAUUCCUCCUCCCACUUUUCCUCGUACGCUCUACCUAAAUUUGCAUGGCCGUUGAUUGCCAUUGUGUUCAAUCGGUUUCCCAGUUUCUAGCACUUUGGGUUCAACCUACUCUCCUGUUGCUGCUGGUAUCCGGGAAACGUACUCCGUCCACUGGGUUUUGGCAGCGUGCUUUUGUCAUCUUUAUAUAAUCUGACAUUUUGUUGUAAUUUCAUGCCAAGCUCCGAGGAACCUUUUAUUGGGGCUAUAAUUGAGCCACUGCUUAGUUUCACUAAUAAAACAGUGCUUGUCGUUUUUGCAAGAGGAUUGACCUCGUGUCAGCUAUAUAUAAUGUGCACUGUGAUGUGCUAGAAUCUGAUGAUUCUCUGCUAUUGUUCUAAGAGAUGCAUUCCUGUUUCCCACUCAAGAAAGGCUUUUGCUGCUCUACCGGUGAUUUCCAUUUUGGAUAUUCGUAUAUUUUCCAAGAAUGGAAUUUGGACUCAAAAUCUCACCCUUCUCAAUUGGAGUAAUUACAGUUGUUGGAAAAAUGAAAUAUUCAGUGUCCUAUUCCUUUUGAGUUUUCAACAACAAUUGUUCUAACUGCUAAUCACAGUGCUAUCCGUACAAAUGUUAGCUUUUAUAUAUCUAUGCAAUAAGAGUUGCCUCAUUUGCACCAGACGACUAGCUUCUUAAUUUUCAACCUAGAAGAUUUAGCCUAGCAGUGGCAGGGGGCAUUAGCCACUACUUUUCCUCUCGGUUACUCUAUGAAUCAUAGAAAGUUCAAAAUUCUUUUGAAAAGGCUAGCCUGUGUGUAAAGUGAUAACCGGAGAAUCCUCCUAUACUUCUUGAGCUUUUAUUUCCUUCUGUUACCAAAUGAUAGAGUGGUGCUUGGUACUACUAGUGAUUUAUAAGAAUUUAUGUUCCCUUCGAAUUCCUUACAUGUGCACAAGCUUCUCUACAUUUUUCAUGGAUUAUGCACAGCUGCUUGAACUGACUAGUGACUAUCAAAUAUAUAUUGCG